UAAAUGGAAGAUCCAUGAAUGGGGAAGUACAAAAUAUGCCAUAUAAAAAUUGCUUGGUCGCCGCCGCCUACUCUUUCGUUGUGUUUCAUGUUCGGGGCACAGACUAUUUUUUAUAGUAAAAAUCCACGCAACCAUUCUCGCACGUUUCUCUAACAGAAGUGGGAGUUUCUCGUUUAUGUAGGGCAAGUUUGUAACACUUUCUGAGUGGAAAAUGGCCCUGGAUUUUAUCUCAUCAUCUGAUACGCGGUUUUUAGCAGAUAACUUGCUCUCAUCGGAAGACUUUGGUGAUGACUUCACCCGUUCCUAUGACAACCAUCUCAACAAUGGCUUUGCGGACGCCGAAGAACUGGUGCGAGAUUUCGCCUGCUACCAGGCGGAGUCGAUGGACCACAACCCGACUGACCACACCAUGCUGGAUAACACCAGCCUGACGGACUUUCUCAAUCCUGACGUCCAGAACCAAUGGAUGGAGGAGGACCAAGACCAGAACCCAUGCACUAUAGGGGGUCUGAUCAUCAAAUCGGAGCCACUGUCACCCCCACCCUCAUCGUCAUCAUCAGACGCUUCAGGAGAUACAUUCCCAGCAGUCAAAAAUUGUCCAAACCCCUACCUCCAAGUCAAACUAGAGUCUCCUCCAUUGACGCCUCCACGGGACAGCGCAGACGUCUCAAAUUUCAUUCUGACCAACGGGACGGAUAAUUGCUCUACUACCGUGGUGCCGACAGGUAUUUCCAUUGGGCCCAAGAAGACUCUGAAGCCCAAGGGGAUGCCAAUCGCCCCCAAGCCCGCUACGGGACACGUCCAGAAACCUUCUACAAAUGUUCGGCAACCUCUUGUACUAACUCAAGCCGACGUCGCCCAGCUAACCGCCCAGGGCAUUAUAAAGUGUGGACCACCGCCGACCAAACAAGCCAAAAUGUCCCCCAGUCAGUCCGUAGCCAGUGUUCCCAUAGCAACCAAGACAACAAUAGCAGUGACGCCUGAUGAUCCACAUCAGCAAGGGAUGCCGUCCGACGUUGACAUGCGAGCGUGGAAGAGGCAACAGCGCAUGAUCAAGAACAGAGAGUCGGCCUGUCUGUCACGAAAGAAGAAAAAAGAAUAUUUACAGGGACUUGAAGGAAAGAUGGACGAUAUAGAUAGCGAGAACACAAGACUUAGAGAAGAGAAUUGUUUAUUGAGGAAAAGAGUUGAAGAACUGCAAAAAGAGAACAAUCGGUUGCGGAAGCUUCAGUCCAUGUUACCGUCCGCUAAGAAGACCACCAGUUGCCUCUUUGCAUUAGUGCUACUUUUGGGCUUCAAUCUUGCCCCAUUCAGUAUUUUUAGCUCACAAAAGGACGACUACUCGGCGAAGCACCACGGCCGAGCCCUCCUUAGUUAUUCAGAGCCCUCGGUGUCUCACGACGACCAAUCACCGGAUGGCUUGUUGCGACAACAGGCAGAGAAGAUUGCGAUAGAUAGGGCGAUAUUUAACACCACGAACAACGAGGGCGUGCCAGAGUCGCCGAUGACCCGGAAAGAGUUGAUGGUCAUUAGGGACAUGGCGGAGUACAUGCUGUCCAAGGGAGGACCGUCUUGUCCGAAGUUGAAUAUGACAGAGUCACAUAGACUUGCGGAUGUUUUGAUGGGCUGGGCGCAGAACCAUCAAGAUGAGCAGAAGAAGUACAACAAAGAGCAGCAAAUCAAGAAACAGAAAAUGAAAGCCCCAAGGAAGAAGCCGACAAAACGCAACCCCUUCAAGAGGGCACCGCCAACCCUCCAGGUCGACCCAAACGAGAGGAGUCUACAAGUUUACGACAGUUUGUUCCAGCGGACCUACGACAGUCUCCUGGAUGCAUUGAACAGGCGAGACGACACGUUCUACGUCGUGUCGUUUAGACGGGAUCACAUGUUGCUACCCGCUACAGCCCAUAAUAAUACCCAGAGGCCGAGGAUGUCAUUAGUCAUGCCCUCUGUAGGGGUCAAUGAGUCCUCGCUGAACACGCCAAAGGAUCACAUCUCCAUGAUGCAGAUUGACUGCGAGGUUAUGAACACCAAGAUGGUGUACAUCAAAGAAGGUCACAUCCCCGGGGCGAAGAACAACACCGUGGCCAACCACACAACGGUGCGAGACCAACAAAGCGGCGCAGAGCGACCCACGUCGUCAGAAGGAGCCGAUCACUCAUACCAUCCCAAAAAUCUGACCCUACCACCGUCUUGAAGGCACGGGGAAGCGGCACGGUGCAAUAUUUUGUAACAAAUACAAGGAUAGUAUUUCUAUGGCCAAACAGAAGCAUGGUUGGAAAAGACUUUGAUACGGAGAAAACGUUUAGGAUGACGUACGUGUUUGAAAGGGCGUGUACUAAAAAAAAAGAGAAAACUUUUUGGUGAAAUUCUCUGGCCAAACAAGAGCAUGGUUGGAAAAGACAUUGGAGGAAGAAACUGCUACAUGGAUGACCUACGUGUUUGAAAAGUUCUGUACUAAAAAACAAAAACACUUUCUGAUGAAAUUGUCCUGGAUAGGAUUUCUAUGGCCAAACAAAAGCAUGGUUUGAAAAAAAAAACCUUGAUAAGGAAGAAAACCUUUACAGGACGACCUACGUGUUUUAAAAGUCCUGUACUAUAAAGAAGAGAACUUUCUGAUGAAAUCGUCCUGGAUAAGAAAAGCAUGAUUGGAAAAGACUUGAACCUAGAUAAGGAAAAACAUUUACAAGGAUGACCUAUGUGUUUGAAAAGCCCUGUACUAAAAAAAAAAGACAGAACCUACCAAUGAAAUUGUCAUACAAGUGUUCUUGAAGAAGAUCCAUCUCAUUGUCUAUUCCAAGGAAAACUGAAAUACUUGUGGAGUUCAAGACUAGACGACAAAGACACGCAGAUGCCAAACCGAAUUCGGAGACUGAAUUUGGAGACAAAAUUUGGAGACUCGAAUUUGUAUUGCCAUGACAACUCUAAACCAGUGGAAUACAUUGUAUGUUGUUAGGGUUAUACAAAAAUAAAGACGGUUCUUUUAAACAGUUCUGCUUUAAAAGAGCGUUACCGGCCAUUGGAAUAUUCAGUGCGGAGAAAAGGGUAACUGCAGGCCAAGGUCCCAUUACUUAGAGUUGCUUAGCACAAAAGGUAGCCAAGCACAAUAACAUUUUGCUUACCAGAACAAGGUUACCAGCCAAACUACC